AUGAUUCAAGGGGUACUUGGUGAUGUUGCUGUGCGGGAAUGUGCCAUUGCGAUCAGUGUGCUUAUGCUGGACACAAAUUCUAAGCAUCACUCCACAAGUUGUCUCCUCGCUUCUCAGUGUGGAAAUGCUAGAUAUAAGCUCGCGUUGAAGAAAUACGGGAAAGCCUUGUCUUCUGUGCGAGCGCUGCUGUCUCAUGGUGAUAGGCAAUCAGUUGAAACUGCGUUGCUAUGUGGAAUCAUCUGUAUCUGGUUCGAGGUCCUAAUUAAAGAUCAUCUAAGUGCUUUAAGCCACCUUGACCGGUGUCUGAAUAUUGUUCAGAUGUCACGAGUCCUGGGUAGAGGUAUGUUGGUACCCUUGGCCGCGAACGUCGGUCGUGCUAACCAAUGUAUUGCCCUGUCAGGGGAAAUCGACAGUGAUAUCAAAGAGGCCUAUGUAAAACUUGACCUACAAGCGGCAAUACAUGUCGGUGCACGUGCGCCUGUUCUUCUCGUCGAGGAGACAAAGCCAAUCCCAUACAUAUUCAACACGUUCGGAGAAGCCGAACAAAAGUUUAAUGCAGAGUAUGGCAAUGUCAUGUUUCUCUCACGCAGGGCGGCUGCACCGUAUCGCUACAAACAGCCGGAUGGUAUUCCCCUAGAGAUACUUGCAGAAGCGCAAUUAUUGCUAGAGCGUCUGGAGCAAUGGAACUUGGCGUUCCACUACUCAUAUUCCUGUCAGAAGACACAAGGAGAUCCUCGGAUGACUCCACAGGUGUGUCUGCUGUUGAUCCAGUAUCACAUGGCCGUCAUAACCGCCUCAACAUGUCUCUACGCCGAGGAAAUGAUUUAUGAUCGGUUCUUGCCCAAUUUUAAUCAUAUGAUGCAACUCGCAAAAAAGCUAGUGUCGUGGUGGCAUAGUCGGCCUGCAGGGAGCAUGCUAGGGGUCCCCGUGGACAUGGGUGUUGUUCAGCCUCUGUACAUGAUUGCCACUAAGUGUCGGGCUACGUCGCUUCGCCAGAACGCGAUUGAUAUGCUGGCUUCAAUGCCAAAUGACAAAGGAGUUUGGGAAGGUCCGGUCGUGGCUUCGGUAGCACGGAGAGCAAAGGAUAUCGAAGAGCUGGGCUUGAAUGUUAAGAUUGAUAGUGUGCCUGAAUUCCGCAGGAUACACGCGAUUUGCUUUGACGUCGCUCAGGGAACUCGCCAGGUCGAUGUGGAAUUCCGUACACGCCCAAAUGGGAUAGACGGUGAAUGGGACUCAAGGAAAGAAUGUCUAUCUUAUUGA